CCUAGCGUUAUCGUGUUUGUACCGUCGUAGUCUAUCGAGAGCGUCGGUAGAUGGUCCGCCAGGAGGGUACGAGGACAAGAGUAAAGGGCCCAAUAGAGAGGCCUACACACAGAGGAGGCUACUGCUAUGCUGUUGAUGCCGAUGGAGGAUGUUUGGUGCUUGAUGGUGAUGAUGUGGCCAUGCUGUUUGUGCACUAGUUUGGGUCUAUUCUAUUACUAUUGUGAUCGAUCUGCCCCACGCGGAUGUGGGUUGCUUAGCCGGUGGGGGCCUGUGUUCCAUCGUCUCCCCCCACCGGAUUUAACAUGGUGCCGCAACCCGCGCUGCAACGUGCGGGGACCCUAUUCACGACGGUGCUGCGCUUUUUCUUCGCCCGGGUUUCGAGUGCGGCAGGCGGGAAUCUUGGCGGGAACGGCGGCGCAGCACGCGAUAGCGUGGAUUUUUCAUCAGCAAUAA